CUGUAUAGUCAAAAUUAUUUUUCUUUUGAAUCUUUUGUGUGUAUCUUGUCUCCAUGGCGUGCUGAAGUACAAAUUUGACAAUUGAUUCUCACAAUUAGUUAUAAAAAAAUUUGAUCCAAAAAUGUCUGAACAAAUGGAGGUUAGUACAACAGAUGGGGCUAAUCCAAUUUCAUCAGAGCCUUUAGUCAAUGGUGAAACUCUUAAAAAAGAUGAUAGUAAAGUAUGUUGGAGAUGCCAGAAAGAAAUGAAUGGCCUGACUACUUACAAACCUGAAGAAAUGACUUCAAAAGAUUAUUAUUUUGAUUCUUAUGCACAUUUUGGUAUUCAUGAGGAAAUGUUAAAGGAUGAAGUAAGAACUAUGACUUACAGAAAUGCCAUGUACCAUAAUAAACAUUUAUUUCGUGGCAAAACAGUACUUGACAUUGGAUGUGGUACAGGAAUUUUGUGUAUGUUUGCUGCUAAAGCUGGUGCUACCAAAGUUAUUGGAAUUGAAUGUUCUAGUAUAGUUGAACAUGCUGAACAAAUUGUUAAAGACAACCAUCUUGAUAAUGUUAUUACAAUAGUUAAAGGAAAAGUAGAAGAAGUUGAAUUACCUGUAGAAAAAGUAGAUAUCAUCAUUUCUGAAUGGAUGGGAUAUUGUCUGUUUUAUGAAUCCAUGUUAGACACUGUUCUUUUUGCUCGAGACAAAUGGCUGAAACCUGAUGGGAUGCUGUUUCCUGAUAGAGCUACUCUUUUUGUUUUGGGCAUCGAAGAUAGGCAGUAUAAAGAUGAGAAAAUAUCUUGGUGGGACAGUGUGUACGGUUUCAACAUGAGUUGCAUAAGAAAAGUAGCUAUCACUGAACCAUUAGUGGAUGUGGUAGAUCCCAAACAAGUUGUGACUUCAAGUUGUUUAUUGAAAGAAAUAGAUUUGUAUACUGUGAAAUCUGAAGAUUUGUCUUUUAAAUCGCCAUUUAUUCUCUCCGUCCAAAGAGAUGAUUAUGUACAAGCAUUUGUUACAUAUUUUAAUGUAGAGUUCACUAAGUGUCAUAAACGCAUUGGCUUUUCUACUGCUCCUGGUGCACCUUACACACACUGGAAACAGACAGUGUUUUAUUUUGAUGAUUAUCUGACAGUUAAGAAAGGUGAAGAAAUAUAUGGUGUAUUUAGUAUGCAGCCAAAUCCUAAAAAUAAGCGAGAUCUUGAUUUUUCAAUUGAUAUUGAUUUCAAAGGAGAUCUAUCCGAGCUUUGUGGAUCUUUUGACUACCGUAUGCGGUGAAUAGACUGUGGAAUUUUUAUCAUUUGAUGUUUUCCAUGAAGUCUUUCAUUUUUUUGUUUUCAUUUUAUUUUGUACACCUGACACUCAGUGUAAUUUGUGGAAUUUUUUGUCUUCCUGCUUGAAACAUCCCAGCAACAAUUGAGCUUGAAAACUUUGAUGUUUCAAGUUCAUUAUUGUUGGUAUUUUACAUGGCAUUUAACUUACUCAACAUACAUUUUAGCCUGUAUUUACUGUAUGUUUGUUAAAUGUACAUUAUUUGUUGCUGUAGUGUACAUAAAGAACAAUUUUCACUAUAAAGUAAAUUUUUUAUUACAAAAACUUUUACAGUAGCUCUAAAUAAAGUACAGAAGAAAAAAAAUUAAUUCAUCUCAAGAAAUAUAGCGUAUAUUGAACUUUUACAAUGUUAUUAUGAAGAGGUAUAACCUAUGUUAUAUUUCUAACAAUCGCACAUUAAAUUGUCUUGUCUACUUUUAAUAAUCAUUAAAUCAUAUGCUUUAAUAAAAAAAAAUCCUUUUAAAUCGAAGAAAAACUUAUUUUGAAAAGUUUAACCAUGGUUUGUGCUCAAACUAUAUGUUUAUGUAGAAAGCAUUAGCUAUAAUUAAGUACUUCAAUAAUCCUGAUGUUUAUUAAGAAUUGUUUUGCAUUCAUAAAAUAGUUUCCUUUAUUUCAUUAAACAAGAAGCCCAAUACUUUUUAGAAAUGAUCGUGUAAUUAUGAAUGUUACAAUCCUACCUAGUACUACAGUUUUUAUAAUAUUAGUCAUAGGUAAUUGCUUAAAAUUGAUUUUGUAGUAAUGUUAUGAGAAUAAGAUGACACAAUUCCAUACUAUUUUGUUUUUGUUUGGAAUUCAGAUAUGAAAAAUGAUUGACUUCUGUAAAUCAUGUGGAUGCAUUUUUGAAUCAUAAAUUUUCUGUAUCAUUCCUCUGAAUAAAAAGUUUUUCUAAGAAUGUGA